UACUUUUUAUGUAAUACUAUAAAAAUAAUUUUACUCAAAAUGUUUGUUUUCUGUUUUUAAGGAAACAAGUUAAUACAUUUAAGAUCCACACUGUGUGAUCUGAGAUUUUCUCAACUGGGGACUUCACAUUCUCUAGAGAAGACAAUUUAGUACAGAAGUUAAUUGAUUAUUUAGUGGAUUAUUAUGUCAAAAAUAAUUGUCAGAGGAUGGCAGGUGGAAGAGAAAAUGUAUUGAUUUGGCCCUUUAAGAACUCUACACAAUAGUAAAAUAAUUCGGGGAGUGAGGAGAGUGUGCUGUUGCACACCAUCACAUAUUUGUUUGAAUUAUUUUUUAAACUUAGUUUUCCAGUUGUUCUGGCAUCAUGUUGAUAGUUGGUACGUUUAAAAACUUCAUCAGUGUUUGCCUAAUUUGUAGUCUGUGAUUUGAAGUGUCUCAAUUUUCUCUGAACCCAGUAAGAGAAAGACAAAUGGAAGAUACAGGCCAUUGUACUGAACAAUCUGUAAGUGUAUAUUCCAUAGCCAAUAGGUAUGCAUAGCAUGCCAAAAUAUACUUGUACGCAUUUUUUUUUGCAUUCUUAUGACAGUAAUUUUUCUGGCUCUGUAAACACACACCUAUUAUAAACAAAUAUUGAGGAUCCCAGUAGGAUUGGAGACUGAAGGCUAUUGGGCAGAUGUGAAUGUCAGCCAUUUAAAAUGUCUUCCUCCCACAAGCAGAUUGGUCACGUCAUGUUUUAGAAAAAUCUGAUUUUCCUUAAAAUAUUUGUGCAUGAUAAUAGCUAUGGUAUUUCACCUGUUCCUAAAGGAGCCUCAAAUAGAGCAAUGGUUAAAUAUUUAGGGACUCACGUUUUAGAGGGGAAGAACAGAAAAUAUAUGAGCAUAGGUUUAGAGCUGCCACUCAGUCAUGUUGUUUGAAAACAGUAAAAUCUAUUCAUGAGCUUUAUUAAUCACCUUACUGGUCACACAAAACUAAGUGUGGUAAGUUAUGAAACUCAAUAAGAAAUGGUCUCACUUUAAGUGUGUUGUAACUCUUAGAGCAGAUAUGACAAACGGUUGUUCACAGGUAGGAUGUGGCAAGUCCCAUUAGAGGAACAAGUGACAGAGGCACACAGAAGAGAGAGGGAGGGAGGAGGAGGGACGAGAGAAGCUGGCUGGGAGGAAGGAGGUAUUUGAUGUGGAAACUUUCAUGAAAUAAGUUAUAUUUAAAUUGUGUGAGGGGUAUGAAUAGAAUUCUGACUGGCUUACUUGAAGGAGGAUAUUCUGGGUUAGGAAAGAAAAUGGCAGAGUUACGAAUGGGUGGAUGAGCAGGAUCAGAGAUUUAGAAGGGGAGAUUCCAGAGACGAAGUUGGAAAAGCAAGACAAACCCCUGUGCACCUAGGCCGUUCUGCAGGAGGCCAAGGCCUUCACAUGAUAAUUUCAGGAAAUAAGGAGCCUAUAAAUGGUAAAGGUUUUAAAGCAGGUAAUUGACAUGAUUUGAGAUGUGGCGUAAGAUGACUAUUUUGGCCAUAAAGUUAAUUUAGAUAGAGGAUUAGCGAUGGUGAGGUAGAAUGAAUGAGGGAUAAAUGAUCUUGGAAGAUUCUUUCUUGAAAUUUUCUCCUCAGGUUUUGAUAGAUGCAUUUCUGAAAACGUGUAUGUAGUGAAAUAAAUACAAAUUCACCAAAGUUCAAAACAAGGACUUUGAAAAACACAUGUAUCUCAAAAUGGGGAGAGAUGUGUAUGCAUUUGUUCAAGGGCUUUUUUUAGUGUGAUUGCAGAGAACAGUAACAGAUACUACACAAGAAUGAUGCUGUUGUUGCUUUUUGCUUUAAACAAUUGUAGACUCCAGUCUUUAUCUACUGGUAGCGUGUGUAGAUGAUGCCUCCAAAAAAUGUCUCCGAUCUCAAAUAAACACAUAUAUAGAUCAGUUAAGCAUGUAAAUGCAUAUCAUUCAUUUUGGUGUUUUGUGGAAACAAUCUAGGAAGGGAUUUGAAUGUUUUAAUAUUUAGCAUUGGUUUUGCCAUAGCUUGCUUCAUGGAUAGUGGAGUUACGCAUUUCCAUUUUUUUUCUAAAUCUUUUAAUGUUUCUUUUCAUACAUUCUUUUUUUUUUAAAUUAGCUGACCUGAUACUUGUCAAAGAAAAUUUUGUUUUGUGUAACUUCCCUCUUGUUUCUCUUAGCCCCUGUUUAAAAUUUUAGAUAAUCUAUAAAAAUUAUACACGGCUAGAUAAUUAUUGAGAUUUAGUUUGUAUAUUUCUAUAAGUGAGAUUGCGUAUGUCCAAUAACACUGUCUGCUGAAAAUUACUGUGUGUGUUAUAAUUUUGGUGCUUACCAGUGGUUCUAGUGAACAGUAAAUGUGUUGAGUAGAUAGAUGAAGAGAUCAACAAAUGGGAAAAACUUUGCAAGUAUAGGAAACAUAAAAUAUUGAAAAACAAAACAAUUAGGGAUUUUCGAUUUAAAAACAGUAUUUUAAAAUAUGAGUUUUAAAAAAUUUAUUAAAAUGAGCCAUUGUUUGAUCUGUUAAUUUGGAGAAGUUACAUGUACUUACUUUUUACUUCGUUAACUAUCUGGUAUUAGGGACAUAAAACUAGAUUCAGACUCUAGUGAUAGUAAUGAUAAUUCCUGUGAUUUAACUUGCACUUCACUAUUACUUCAUACUUAAUUAAUCCAUUAAAAUUAACUCAAACCUAAUGAAAGUGUAACUACAGGACUUUUUUUUUUCUCAUUUCAUGUGUAUAAAUAAUAAAUUAUUGUUUUUUGUUUUUAAAAAUUAGAGUUCCUUUUGGGUAACAUACAAUGUGUAUUUUUAGUUGUCAUGAGACAUACUCAUCCAUUAUGCUAGCUGUUUUGUGUUCACUUCUCACUUGUUGCAUUUUCUUAUAAAAUCCAUUUUUUAAUGUCUAGGUGUGAAAUAAGUGUGCAUGUGAACAUAGUUUUAGCACAUUUCAAGAAGCAGCUUUGGAGCUGUAUCACUACUAAAUGGAUACAGUCAUACCCAUGUACAAAAAUCACACACACACACAUUUGCACUAUUAUUUUAUGUUUUUCUUUCUUCUUUUUAGAAGAGGGGCAAAGAGGAGAGGCAGAUUCAGGCUAGAGUGAGCUAGGGUUAGAGGCUUGGAAAAUGCAACUUUUAGACAUCUUUUGACUAAAUUUAUGUUAAUUAGACCUCCUUCCCCCUACUUCAGGGUCUAGAAGCUGCUUUGCCGUCAGUGAGUGCUGAAUGAACACAGUGCAUCUAGUCCCUGGCCAGGUUCUCAGGCAGGAGGAGCUGAAUCCCAGGGGUCCAUGUAGUGUGUUUAAAAAAAGGCUUAUAGCAUUGGGAGCUAUGAGUUCUGUUUCCAAGUCCCUGGGAACGUCUAGCCUCAGGCAAGUCACUUAAUCCUCAGGAAUUCAGUCGGAGGUUUCCAGAUGCCCAUUGUGUGGGGACACAAUUGAUACCAAAGUGAUAUCAUAAGAGGCUGAGCUCUACAGAGAAAAUCUCAGUGAGGACACCCACACUAUCACAUGUUAGCAGGCUGUCCUUUACUGAUUGCUUCUGGAGAGCCCUGGGCCAUAUUCAGAGUUUGCAUAUGAAUUGCUAUUAGCAGUUUAAAGGUAGGAAAUGCGCUAAUGCUUUUAUUACAAAGCACGCUGGAGGAUGACUCAGCAGAAAGGAAGAGUUUCCCUGACCCAGUUGGGGUUGGAAAACUGCUUACAUGGAAGGCACUUCAGGGGAUUAUACCUUAACCAUGUAUUUUCAACAAUAUUGGAGAGAUAAAAGGCUCGCCUAUUCUGGGAUCCCUCUCAACCUCACGCUUGACAAUCGAGUGGCUGACCAGCUAUGGGUGCCCGACACAUAUUUCUUAAAUGACAAAAAGUCAUUUGUGCAUGGAGUGACAGUGAAAAACCGCAUGAUCCGUCUUCACCCUGAUGGGACAGUGCUGUAUGGGCUCAGAAUCACCACGACAGCAGCAUGCAUGAUGGACCUCAGGAGAUACCCCCUGGAUGAGCAGAACUGCACUCUGGAAAUUGAAAGCUAUGGCUACACCACGGAUGACAUUGAGUUUUACUGGCGAGGCGGGGACAAGGCUGUUACCGGAGUGGAAAGGAUCGAGCUCCCGCAGUUCUCCAUCGUGGAGCACCGUCUGGUCUCGAGGAAUGUUGUCUUCGCCACAGGUGCCUAUCCUCGACUGUCACUGAGCUUUCGGUUGAAGAGGAACAUUGGAUACUUCAUUCUUCAGACUUAUAUGCCCUCUAUACUGAUAACGAUUCUGUCGUGGGUGUCCUUCUGGAUCAAUUAUGAUGCAUCUGCUGCUAGAGUUGCCCUCGGGAUCACAACUGUGCUGACAAUGACAACCAUCAACACCCACCUUCGGGAGACCUUGCCCAAAAUCCCCUACGUCAAAGCCAUUGACAUGUACCUUAUGGGCUGCUUCGUCUUUGUGUUCCUGGCCCUUCUGGAGUAUGCCUUUGUCAACUACAUUUUCUUUGGAAGAGGCCCUCAAAGGCAGAAGAAGCUUGCAGAAAAGACAGCCAAGGCAAAGAAUGACCGUUCAAAGAGCGAAAGCAACCGGGUGGAUGCUCAUGGAAAUAUUCUGUUGACAUCGCUGGAAGUUCACAAUGAAAUGAAUGAGGUCGCAGGCGGCAUUGGCGAUACCAGGAAUUCAGCAAUAUCCUUUGACAACUCAGGAAUCCAGUACAGGAAACAGAGCAUGCCUCGAGAAGGGCAUGGGCGAUUCCUGGGGGACAGAAGCCUCCCGCACAAGAAGACCCAUCUACGGAGGAGGUCUUCGCAGCUCAAAAUUAAAAUACCUGAUCUAACCGAUGUGAAUGCCAUAGACAGAUGGUCCAGGAUCGUGUUUCCAUUCACUUUUUCUCUUUUCAACUUAGUUUACUGGCUGUACUAUGUUAACUGAGUGACUGUACUUGAUUUUUCAAAGACUUCAUUUAACACUGAGUGAAAUAUUACUCUGCCUGUCAAGUUUUUAUACCUGUACACACACAGACACACACACAAGCAGACACACACAUAUAUACAUACGCAAUUGUAUAUAUAUGUGAACUUUCUCAGCAUAUAUAUAAAAUACACGUGUAUAUGAGGAUGUAUGUGUAUAUGUUUAUACACACAGGAGUCAGUGCCCAUGUGUAUGGAAGACAAAUACACAUACAUAUAUACAUUUUGCAGCUAUGGACAAUUUACCACAGGAUGCAUAUUAAAGAAAGUCAUAGUUUUUUUCUUUUUUAAUUGAAAGGGACAAGUAUCAUCUAAAUAUUAUGCCUUGAGAAUGAGGGCGUGAAACACAAUAUCAUCCCCAAAUGUGUCUUCUAUUAUCAUAAGUUAGAUGUUUUAGUUUAAAAAUCAGAAAGACAUUCUUAGUUAAUCUUUGAAAACUCAUACAGUGGUAUUGCUAGUUUAAAAUGAGUCACUUACUUCAUAUCCUCUCGUUCAGUUUAGUAAGCGAAGGCUUCUUGGCUUCUCUGGUGAUGGGGUUUGUUUUCAUCGGGCAUACGUUUUCUGCAAUGGUUUAGUGGCUGGGGUGAGCCACUGGCAGUGUGCUUACCUGUUGUCUUAAACAGAUAGAUCCCACGUUGAUGUCUGAACGACCGUCUUUUGAAAACUCAUCGGGAGUGAAUGGCAUCUCGUUGUAAGUACUCUAAUAUACAGUGUGUAGUUUGUUUCUGUUGUUCACUUGGAGUGGAUCCAGCUUCACUGUCAUGUGCCAACACAGUGACAGGUUUGGCCAGUGACAUUUCAAUCACGGAAAAUGUGCUCUACAUCUCGUAUGGAUUUCUGGGCCUGAUAUCCAACAGAAAGCAUAGACGUCUCAGGUUAUUCGUUACUCUAAGGUAAAACCAUCUAGGAUGAUUUUCCCCCUUGCAGUUAUGUUAUCAUUCUUAUAACAUUGUAUGUUAAUAGAAAAUAUAUUUGCAUAAUAUGCAUAUAUAUGUAUAUUUACCAAGAUUUUGUUUCUUACGCUUGCUAUCAUGGCAGCAUGCGAUGUCAUAUUUUCCUUUAUGUGAUGUAACUACUUUCUGUUAUCUAGAAAUUAAGAUUGAAGCUAAAACACUUCUACUGUUCAAUUUCAGAAACUAAGAAUCAUCCUCAUGCCUUUAUUUCUGUAUCUGACAUAUUUCAUAAGCACAUCCAACUACUCCUAGACUGACUAGGAUUCUGCAGGAACACGACCCGUACACACCACGCGUCACCCAACGACCCAUGACCGUUCUCUGAGGCAAAGGAGGGCAACCUGACAGCAAACACAGUCACUGUUGGUUCCUUCUGAUCCACAGCCUCAUCAGUAUUUGGACUUUUUAAAGCUCGUAGAAACAAGACAAGGUGCACCGGUUUCAUAGACGCAACCUUAACUUACUAUUUAGAUGAGAUCUUUCUAAAGAAAAAAAAAAGAGAUGAUAUAUUUUUUGUAAACAAUAUUUCUAUCACAGGCAUCCAUAAACUGAAAUGACUACAGUUGUGCAAACAGGUGUCACAGUGAAGUUGAGCAUUUGGAGAAAAAAAAAAAAGCAAAAUUUGCAGGAAGAACUGCUAAAUUAAUACUUUAUCCCAAAAUGCCACGUAUGCCUCACCCUCUCUGUUCUAUCCAAAACCAAGGACCAGAGUGCUCCAAUGGUAGGCCCCAGUUGUCUCGAUGUAGGUAGAGGCACCACCCUCCCCGAGGAUGCGUGUGGUGUGGACUAUCCCCAUGAGCUGACCACUACUUGAUUUUUCUUUGGUGGCCGUAACAACCUUUAAUUUGUGGGCAUCUGCAACAGUUCAUAACCCACCAUCAGAUAAAACAUAAUCCACAAAAUCUCACGCUAGAGGCAAUUACCUACUUUUAGACUCUUUUCCCUCUUUCAUUCCUAUCUUUUUCCUCCUAAUCGCUGCUCUCUGGUUUUAUUUUCAUCUGGAGACUAGCCAGGGAUUUCUUUGGCUUUGGCUUUUCUCUGACCAUUUUUUCCAUGGGUAACAAUGGGGGAUCCUAAAAGUUAAACAGAUUGGGAAAAACCUUGUUAAGUGGCCUUAUCAUUAUUAUCAUGUUAAAGAAAAAAAAUACAUUUGCAAAGACCUUAUCCCUUUCAAUACUUCAGGUAUCUUUUUCUGUAUCCAGUAAUUAAAGGUGUGAGGUCCACAUGCAGAAGAGGGACCCCAAAAUGUAAAUGGAUGUGGACAAAAACAGUCAAUGGUCUAUUUAAGUGUAUAAUUUAUACUAUUCAGAACUGUGACAUUAAUUCUUUCUGGGAGAAAAGUGAUUUAAAACUUUUUUGAUGCAUAGUUGAGGUACCCAAAUAUCAAAGGCAGAGACCCCAUGGGGCUCCAAAGAGCUGCAGUCUCCUUCCCAAGGUUUUCUGGAUAUAAAUUUGCAUGGUAUAGUCAUAAUAGCUUUUGAGCUUUUUAUAUGCAUUUGGCACCAAGACUGGGAUCCACAACUUUGUAGACACUGCGAUGAAGUUAACAUAUUAGCUAUACUAUAAAUAGUGUUUGUAACUACACACACACACACACACACACAAAUACAUACAUAUAUUCUGUAAAAACAAAAAAAGAAAACUUUUUAAGAUCCUUGGGUAUGUGUUUGCUUUACUCCAUUUCAGAAGAAAAUUACUUUUCUUCUAACAAAAUUAUUUUAUAGCUUCUCCAUUUUUAAAACUUGUGAGAGCAUUGAGAAGAGAACUCUGACUGUGUUAACAGAAGAGAGUUGAAUUGGAGUCUCUGUUGUGUUAAAAUGACCUCUCGUUACUCCACAGUAGUUAUUUGAGCCAGUGACUGAGUCGCGUUGAGGAAUUCUGAACCCGGACCUCUGACAUUGUUGGGAGGUGGCUGUUACCCACACCCAGACUUGGGUAUGGACAAGUUUCUGUCUUGAGUAAGGACAGAAACGUUAUCAUUGGGGAUAUAAUGAGAUUUCUUUCUUAACAAUUGAAAGUAAUAAAAAGUUAAUUUUC